AUGGCUGAUGAAGAAGAAGAGAAAGAGUAUAGAUGGGAGACUGGUUAUGAGAAAACAUGGUAUUGAAAAUAUUUUUUGAAUUACUCUAGUCAAUUGUUAUUCAUUGUAUGCAUAAUCAUGCAAGUAAUUUGUUAUGCAUUUUGUAUACAGGGAAGCAAUUAAAGAAGAUGAUCAUGGAUUGUUGGAAGCAUCAGUUGCUGAUAUUAUCCACAAUGCUAAAAGAAAGCGUCAAAUGGAAAAAAAAGUUGGUGCCAGAUUAGGAAUGAUGAGGCACCUUUAUAUAAUUCUCGAUGCUUCUGAAUCCAUGUCUAUUCAAGAUUUGAAACCAACUCGUUUCUUAUGUUCCUUGAAGCUUUUAGAAGAUUUUAUUGAAGAGUUUUUUUAUCAAAAUCCUAUAAGUCAGUUAGGGGUAAUUAUCACGAGAAACAAAAGAGCAGAGAAAGUGAGUGAAUUAGCUGGAAAUUCUAAAAAACAUGUUAAAGAAGUGCAAAACAUGCAACAGAUUGCUCCAGCAGGUGAGCCUUCGUUACAAAACUCUAUAGAGCUAGCAUUAAAGUCCUUACGUCUUCUACCAUCACAUGCUAGUAAAGAAAUACUCAUAAUAGUGGGAGCACUCACAACAUGUGAUCCAGGAGAUAUUAAUGAAACUAUUCAAAAUAUGAAGACAGAUUCUGUCAGGUGCAGUGUAAUAGGAUUGGCUGCUGAAUUAUAUAUUUGUAAAAGAAUGGCAACAGCAACAGGUGGAGAACAUGGUGUUGCAUUGGAUGAUAAACAUUACAAGGAACAGUUAAAUACACACAUAGAUCCUCCACCAGCUGCUACUAGAUUGGAUGCUGCUCUUGUAAAAAUGGGUUUUCCUCAUCAUGCAUUACAUUCUUCUGCGAAUGAUUCGACUAUGGCAGUUUGCAUUCAUGCAGAAAAUUCAGAUGAAUCUGUUAAACUUCUUAGUACAGGAUAUCUUUGUCCUCAAUGUUUGAGCAAACAUUGUGAACUUCCAGUAGAAUGUAGAGCAUGUGGAUUAACUUUGGUAUCUGCUCCACAUUUAGCACGGUCCUAUCAUUAUUUAUUUCCUGUUGAACCUUUUAAAGAAGUGGCAUACAGUGGAACUCCUUCAACUUGUUAUGGUUGUCAAAAGAUAUUGUCUCAAAAAGAUAAAAGGGUGUACACUUGUAAUAAAUGCAAUCAAACAUUUUGUUUAGACUGUGAAAUAUUUAUCCAUGAAUCUUUACAUACAUGCCCAGGCUGUGCUACCAAUCAAGAUACAUAUCAAAGAUCUACAGAUAGAACUUAG